CUGGGGCUCCACAGCACCAGGGCUCUGGAAGGAGAUUUAGGUCCCGGCUGAGCUCCUUGCCCAGCCAGACUCAGAGGACAGACGGGGGCCUGGGAGCCCAGAGCAUGUUCCAGAUCCCAGAUUCUGAGCAGAGUGAGCAGGAAGACUCCAGCCCUGAAGAUAGGGGCCUGGGCCCCAGCCCCACCGGGGACCAGCCUCCAGGCCUCAGCAAACACCCGUGUUCGGCCCUCCUGGGGGUAGCUGGUCACCAUCAGGACCAGCCAGCCAGCAGCAGCCACCAUGGAGGCGCUGGGUCUGUGGAGCCCCGGAGUCGCCACAGCUCGUACCCCGAGGGGACAGAGAAUGAUGAGACCGAGGAGGAGCCCAGCCCCUUCCGCAGCCGCUCGCGUUCGGCGCCUCCCAACCUCUGGGCCGCACAGCGCUAUGGCCGUGAGCUCCGGAGGAUGAGCGAUGAGUUCGAGGGUUCCUUCAAGGGACUUCCUCGCCCGAAGAGCGCGGGCACAGCGACGCAGAUGCGGCAAAACUUCAGCUUGACGCGCAUCUUCCAGUCCUGGUGGGAUCGGAACCGGGGGACAGGAGGCUCCGCCCCCUCCCAAUGACACUUCUUCCCACACUCUGAAGCUCCCACAGCGCGCGCGCGCGCUGCCACUGGCAGCCAUCUUGCGUGUGGGCGGAAGUCGUUUCUGAAGGCCUAGCCUAUGCAAAAAGAGGAUCAGGUCUCUCCCUUUCGGAAGGAGGUGUUCUGACACAGAGCCCGAUUCCCUUCCGGAGUGUGCGGGGAGUUACCGAGGGUUUGGUCCCAUCGGAAGUUUUGAAGUUUUUCCGCCCUCAGCCGCUGGAAGUGGGUUGCUCCAGGCGCCUGCGCCAAGUUGCUAGUCGGGAUAACUAACCACCAGAACCCUUUUUCUCCGCGGUGACGACUGCGAGCUGACGCUCGCCACGAAACAUGCUAAUAAAUUCCACUUCUGUG